UUGAAACCCGAUAGUGACUGGACUAUCAAGCCCGAAACUGAUGGAUGGUUGAGGCGAGCUCACAAUGGCGAGAUUGUCUGCGGCUGUCCGCGAAAAUAGAGAUUCAUAAUCAUCUGCGUCCAAAAAGCAUCCAAAGAUGACAGCUUCCAGCAUUCCUGAUCUUGGCAGCAAUAGCCUGUCGACAUCGGAUCCAGCCGCCGUUCGUUCCUGGCUGUCCAAGCAUCAUCCCAAGCAACUGGCCCUACUCGACAAGUUUGAAAUUGAAUUGCGCUUGGGUCGUCUCUCAUCGACCACCAAGGCAGGACCAGAUGGAGUGAUUGCUGCCGUGGGAGCUACAUCGACCAGUGAUCGUCUCUUGGUGACACGACGCACCGUGGGAUUGCUCAAGCACAUUAUUGGAGCCACGCGAUGGAAGAAUGGCGCUCAAUUGCUCGUCUUGCUGCGAGGUUUGGGUCGAGAGCUCCAUGAAGUGGGCGGAUUCCGAGAACCUGUCAUUGAGAAUAUUGUCCGUCGUGUCAUGGCAGCCGUUCGGGAAGAAGCCGCCGGUGAACCGGACGGAAAGGCGACGGAUACUGGUCGACUCUCGCUGCAGAGCAUUCUGUGGGCGCUGCCACAGCAUGUCAAGAGUCCAUCCAAUCGAUCACUCUCACGGACAGAUUCUCAUCAGCGACAAAGUUCCAUUGCAUCCGAAGCGGAUUUGGAAUCCACCAAUGAAUUUCCUCCGGCAUUCUAUGUGAAUCGACCCGAGCUCAAACAAACCGUCAUGGAAGCCAUUCAGGAAAUUGUCACAGAGUUGGAAGAUGUGUAUGGGAAUAUUGAAGAUCAAGCUACCAACCACAUUCAUGCAGGAGAAGUCAUCUUGACCUAUGGAAAAUCCAAGACCAUUGAACGAUUCCUCAUUGCGGCGGCAGAAAAGAAACGAACCUUCCAAGUCGUUGUCUGUGAGGACAGUCCCAGUUUUGGAGGACACGAAAUGGCCAAGUCACUGGCCAAAGCAGGGAUUGACACCAUUGUCAUUCAUGAUUCCGCAAUCUUUGCCGUUAUGGCACGGGUCAACAAGGUCUUGCUCUCGGCCCAUGCCGUGCUCGCCAACGGAGGACUCGUAGCCUCGAGUGGGUCCAACAUGGUGGCACUGGGUGCCUACAACAAUGCCGUUCCCGUGGUCGUCAUCACUGGCAUGUUCAAGUUGUGUCCCAUGUUCCCUCAUGAAGGACAAGACACGCUCAAUGAUUUGGUCAGUCCUAGCAAGGUCAUGGACAUUACCGAAAUAAAAGAUGAUCUUUUGUCGUCUGUGGAGUUGAUCAAUCCGGUGCAUGAUUACGUCAAGCCAGAGCAUGUCAGCUUGUAUGUUACCAAUGUCGGUUCCUUCCAGCCAAGCUACAUCUACCGCUUGUUGGCCGAAUACUAUCAUACCGAUGACUGGAAGUCGUUUGAAUAAACAUCAUUCAUGCCCCAUGCUAGAUAAAUUUCAUACAUACUAAUACUGCAGCAAGGACAA